GCAAUCGGCGGUCAUGUCCAUUACGUUCUCUUCUUCGUCGACAAGCGUGCCGCUCCGAGAAUGCUGGAUGCAGUAAAUCUCCAAUCUGCCUUGAGACACAAAGCUCAAGCGGUGCCUGGUCUUUUUGUGGCAGAAGCGAAGGGGGUCUCCCACAUGCUCGGCACACAUGUCCCUCAAGCAGUGGUCGAGAUGCAAGCAUGUGCAAGACGGCUGAAAUCGACCUGUAUCCGAGGAGCCUUGACAAAUAGAACAAGUUGGAUCUUCCUGCUCCUCCAGUUGGACACCAGCUUUCUCGGUGGGCGGUACUGGGAGUCGGCUCGACAGGAUGUUGUGAUCCAGAGCAGCGGUGACAGGAGGUGGGUUGAUAAGGAGAGCGUGGAUCGAAUGGCUGCACUGCUAGCUCACUGGGCGAAGCAUUGUGCCGAGGACCUGACCGAAGAUGAUUGGUUCGAGAAGCUGUUGUGAAUGACGCCUGCCCGGACAUUUAUGCUAUUAUGGCAUAGAUCAGCAUGGUCGACGCGGAAUCGGCGCUGCCCCGCGUUACGUAUCCCACGUCUGAUAUGGGCUACGCCGACCCACAGCAGCCCGGCACCGACGCCCCUGACCAGGGACACGCACUCGAGGACCUCCGCCUUUAUCGCCUGUUUCUCUCCGCCACUGUCGCGCCGAACCGUGUCAUGGUCGACCCCGGUCGGAGACUGAAGCAACCCAGGCCGCCCCGACAUCUUGCGCGCGCCGCCGACGGGGAGCUCGCGGACCUUGGAGACGGAAAUUUCUCGCGUAUACAUGACAUCAUUGCCUGGCUAUUCAGCUCGUUCACCCUCAACUCGCUCAAGCUCAGUGGCGGCCUGAACGCGCUCAAGCUGCUGGGCCUCGGGCUGUCCGCGAUCUACGUACACGCCGUCUCUGCUGUCCUGCGCUCUCUGCACGGCAUACAGGGCCUUGCUCGACGACUGGGACCGUCCAUAUGCACCUCCAACGAGCCGGGGCACUCCCGGCCGUGCUCUGUGUCUCGCAGCACCCUCGACCGGCCUCC